AUUAUCGUCAUUCGCCUCAAAGAAACGAAAGCGACGACAAACGACGAAGCAAGCAAAGGAGGGCAGGCAGUUGAGACGGAACAGAGACAAGACGCAACAGCAGACGCAACAGCGAAGGCUUGGCACAGCCGACAAACACACAAGCACUGCGUGCUCGCCGCACAGAGUUGACCACUGUUCCUGAACAUUUGCAGCAGACGGCAGCAGCACACGAGAAAACACAUACACACACCUACGCAUACACACACACACACACGUACACACAAACAAACAAACAAGCAUGGCCAGCAACUUGACAGUGUUGGAUCGUGUGGAUCGCAAGCCUGAGACGGGCAAGACAACAGUUACAGUGCAUCCAAUUGUGCUUCUUUCUGUUGUUGACCACUACAACCGCGCGUGCCGUGGCACCAAGAACAGGGCCGUCGGUGUUCUCCUCGGGUCAUGGAAGGAGAACGAUACCCUUGACGUCUCCAACAGCUUUGCAGUCCCCUUUGAGGAGGAUGCCAAGUCGCCAGAUGUGUGGUUCCUUGACCACGACUACCUCGUCAACAUGUACAACAUGUUCAGAAAAGUCAACGCCAAGGAGCGAAUUGUCGGCUGGUACCACACGGGCCCCAAGCUGCGCCCCAGUGACAUCAAGAUCCAGGAGCUCCUGACCAGAUACGUCGCACAUCCGGUGAUGGUGAUCAUUGACCCGAACCCGACCACGCUUGGCCUCCCCACCAAGGCGUACUAUUCUGUCGAGGAGAUUCACGACGACGGCACGCCCUCGACGCGGACGUUUGAGCACAUUGCCAGCGAAAUGGGCGCAGAGGAAGUCGAGGAGGUUGGCGUUGAGCACCUGCUGCGCGACAUUACAAACCUCGGCAUCUCGGGCUCCCUCUCCCACCGCCUCCAACACCAGCUCGCCUCCGUCAAGGGGCUGUACGGGCACCUGAAGGAGAUUGAGGAGUACCUGUCGCUGGUUGCGGCGGGCAAGCUGCCCAUCAACCACGCCGUGCUGUACCACCUGCAGGACAUCUUCAACCUCCUGCCCGACCUUGAUGCGUCGGCCCUGUCGGCUGCGCUCACCACCGCCACCAGCGACCAGCUCCUUGUCGUCUACCUCGCCUCUCUCCUCCGCUCAACCAUCGCCCUCCACAACCUCCUCGACAACAAGAUUGAGAACCUUGACGCUGAGAAGAAGGCUGCGGAGAAGGAGGAGAAGGAGAAGGAGAAGAAGGAGAAGGAAGAGAAGGCCAAGGCAGACAAGGCCAAGGAGCAGGCGGAGAAGGAGACGCAUGGUGGCGGUGACGACAGCACGAAGAAGCAAGGCGACAAGAAGGAGAGCAGCGACGCGUGAGGUCGCUUCCACCACCAUCACUGCUGUUGGUGAGAGCUGUUUCCUGCACCCUCUCUUUCCCACUGUUCUGUGUGUUGGUGUGUUGUAGUGCUGUUGUGUUGUUGUUUCUGUCUUUGUUUCUCCGUGUCCUCUCCCCUCGCAUCUGUGUACGCGCGCGUUGUUUGCAGAGUAACCAAUACAGCACUGGUUAUGGGCUA